AGAGGGAGGAGGCGAGCGGAGGCUGUCGGCUGCUGCCCCGGGGAGGGAGUUUCGUUCCCGGGUGGUGGCGGCCAAGCGGGACAGGCCUGUUCCCCGCCCCUCGGAGCGCCCCUCGCCUCACGCACUGCCCGGCGGCCUCCGGGCGGAGGGGCCCUGCUCCCGGCUGGGGGUGGGCGGCCUCGGGUCCCGCUGUGUGGCGGGCCGUCCGAGGGGGAUCCUUCCCUCCUUCUUCUCCGGGGUUGGGGGUGUGGGGGUCUGUGUCCCCAUUUAGCGGCUGGGAUGAGGGGCGUGCACGGUAUGGUGUCCCCCUGUGAGGUGCCUGGGCUGAGGGGCCUGCAGGGUGUCCCCCUGUGGAGGCAAACCUGAGGGGAGUCAGUGGGCGCAGGGGGACUCCUGACCAAAUACAGGCUCAUGAGAUUUUUCUUUCUUUUUUUUUCUUUUUUCCUUCAUGUCCCAUCAGGACCAAACCCCAUCUGAUGUGGUGAGCAGCAGCACCAGGAGAGGGGAAGAAGGUGAGGCCUGGCUGGGGCGCAGCAGGAGGGUGGUGGGCCCCAGCGGCACCUGCUACAGCCAGAGCCACCCUGGUGCUCGACAAGGAGAAGCCAGCACCUGAGAGGCCAGCGCUGACACCCACAGAUGGGGAGCAGAAGGAAGGCGGUGAGGGCACUGACCCGCUCUAACGCACACACAGCAGCACAGGGAACACUUAAGACAGCCUUUUGACCAAGCAGAGUUUAAGCCCUCUCCUUGAUGUUCUGGGACCCUCCCCUGACAUGGCUGUCCUUUGCAGUUGAUAUUUGGAUACAAUCCUGGUUGGCAGCAUGAAAGGAAAAACUACACACUGUGAUUGGAAAUCUGCACCCCAAAAGAAGCCCACUCCCUGCGAUCGAUAUAAACAUGCUUGCAUUAUUUGCAGAGGAUUUGUUUAUCUGUAUGGAGGGCGGAACACCACCAGUCUUAGGGAUUUUUGGCGAUACAAUAUAGUGAAAAAUGAAUGGGAAAUGCUGGAUUGCCCAAGAGAUGCUCCAGAAGAACUGGAAGAACAUUCAAUGGUGGCGUAUAAGGGCACCCUGUAUGUUUUUGGUGGGAUGGUGGACUCUGCCUUCACGCAAGCAAAAACUCCUCUCUGGAUAUAUAACAUUGAUUCCGCAAGAUGGACAGAGUGCCGUAACGUACCAGCAGAGACUGAGAGCUCAGCACCAACUAACAGAAAAGGUCACAGUGCUGUAGUGUACCGUUCCAGCAUGUGCAUCUACGGGGGAUACUUCGGCAUCAGAGGCAUUUCACAGGAGUUUUGGACUUUCCAUUUUGAUACAAGAAAAUGGUUGUGCAUUUCCACCCCAUCUCACCAUACUGGCCCAGGACCUCGGCACGGCCACUCAGCAGUGGUUUAUCACACGGGCAUGUACCUCUUCGGAGGACUCAUGGGGCUGAGUGAACAGAAGGACUUAUGGAAGUGGGACUUUGUAAGCAGCAGCUGGUCCAACAUCAGAACAAGCCAAGGACCUGCUCCAGUGGUAGGUCAUGCUUCAAUAGUCUUCAAAGACUCUAUGCUGAUUUUUGGUGGAGGGAUUUCAAAUUCCUGUCCUAAUGGUGACCUCUGGAAAUAUCAUUUCCAUACGCAGACAUGGAAGAAGCUAAGUAGUGCUACAAAGGCAAACUUUUCUCCUAAAAUGUAUCACAGCAUCUUAGGAAUUGGUGUUGAUUUCCAAUCUACCUCAGAUUUCACUAAUACAUUCCCCAGCCAUUGGAAGAGUAAGCAGAAGGACCAUCACCAGCUGGUGACCAUCCCAAAGCAGACUCAUUUUUGCAACUACUUCCGUCACCAGCCUGCAUACCGAGCGUUCAGCAACGAGGAAAGCAACGCCAUCGAAAUGAAAACCUUUAGCUUGCCUCUGGAGCCAGGGGGCUUCUGUGCAUUUCAAACCACUUCAGAGGCAGAACUGGACCCAAACAGAGCAACGGGCAUUUUGUCAAAGGACAAGUCUCGCCGUCUCUUUGUCUCUUCAGAAAAAGAGACGCUUGCUGCUGCCCAGACUGUGGGAGAAGAGGAAGGAACCGACUGUCAGCACGUGACCGCUGCGGAUGAAGUUAGCAGCGAUACCAAUGUGCUGCUGCUCAUCGGGGGUAAACCUUUGUCCAGCUUCUCCGAGAUCUCAUUCUGGCAAAUGGAGUUUGAUAGCCUGUGAUCGCUUCGAUUGCAAAGCGAAACUGUAAAUUUCCACCAACGUGCCAGUAGGUGGUAAACCAACUGCUUGCAACUGCCUUCAGUUUCCUAUCAGCACAAAACAACUUUAAACCUUCUCAUAUUUGCUGUGAACAGAUUUUUUACAACGUGAACAACAUAUAUUUAAGUCACAACUUGCAUGCAAGUUGCCAUUUCUGAGAGGACCUUGUUGGAAUGCUGCUCUUUUUGUUACUUUUUCUUCUGGUCAGUUAAUACUCUUUCAAAUUGCAGUGGCUGAUGCUGCCUUGAAAAUCAGGACUAGAAGUAACCCCUGCAGGCUCUGUAACUGCCGUUCCAGGUGCAAACCUUGCUCAUUCUGCACUGACAUAAGAAAUAAAUAUCCACCCAUAAAACUGUAUUUAAAUCAAGUUUGUGCAUGUUACGGUCAAUGAAUCUUAAUGGUAACAUUUUCUAAGACGUUUAAGAUUUUGUUUUCUUCAGAGAAUGUUCUUUGCACAAGGUACUUGCAACAUGAGAUGGCCUAUAACAAAGAAGAAACCCAACGGACAAAUUAGCAAGUGAAAUCUAGAAGAUAUUCAAGGAUUGCAUCACGCCCUGAAGAAGUGAAGCCUCGAGUUCCCCUGAAAAUCAUGUGCAACAUCAGACCAGAGGAAGCCCAUGACACCCGGAAGAACAAAGUAGUUGCCCGGCGAACGGUAGUGUAAUGACUGAGCGCAGGAUCAAAAGGUUUUGAGUUUCUAUUGGAAAAAGAAAGAGGAAGGCUCGACAGGAGCGGCACGAGACACAGGCUGCUCUGACUGGUAACCCAGACUAUAGUCAUAAAGGGAUUUCUGCUUUUACAACUCCAUCUCUCUCUGCUUUGUCAACAUACGUAGUGUUUGUUACACGCUUCCCCUCUAUACUAGUACUUCCUGAGUUCAUGUAUGGUUUUGAUUUGUUGAAAAGAAAAAGUGCCUUUUUUUUUUUUUGAAAGAUAAUAUUGUCCAGCAUUUCAAGCAUUUAUUUCCAUAGAAGUUAAUAAGAUAACGGCCCUCUGACUGAACUUCAGCAUUCUGUAAGAAGAGAUGCUGAUGUCUGAAAUCAGUGGAAAGUGUGAUUUAAUACUUCUGAACAUUUGAAAGUUCUGAAACUUUUCAAGUUUCAUAGGAAUAAUUAAUUUUAAGUGAGAGUAUUUACAGAUACGUUCAUCAUCUCUUCACAAGUAGCUGUCACAUGAAUUCAACAGGAAAAUUAGAAAUGAGUUCACAAAAAGCAACUUAAAGAGUUCUUUGGACCUUCUGCGACCUUUGUUUGGAAACAGAGAGGACUGUGUGCUGCUGACAUAUGAAUAAAGCCUGCUGCAUUUCUGAUCAGCGUGUGCUCGUUUUCUG